AUGAAGCUCCUCGACCUCGUUACAUUGUUCUAUCUUGUCACUCCCUCCACUUGCUGGCCUAAAAUCAAAGACCAAGUCAGUCUGCAAUGGUCGAUCUGUGAUAGGAAUCCUUACGCUGUGUUAACAAAGUUGGGCGCCGUCGCCCACGAUCCAGAUAAACUGGACCCGAUAACUUACUAUGAUACCUCUCCCCCACUGUACACGCCCCAGGGACUCAUGUUCCGGACCAAAGUUCGUGGUGGCCAAGAGAUCUCGAUUGUUAAGGUGCAGCUAGCGACACCAAAAUCUCAUAUGCGCCACCACGCGAAAGUGUGUCGGUGGGAUCGAUACGGCAAUAAGACGACCUUUGUUUGCAAGAGACAAGCUCCCAUAAAGGGAACUAACCUCUGGAAUGCAAAGCAAAGGCAGUUAGUGGAUGACUUUCAGCGUGAUGUCACCUGGGAGAAGCUCAUUGGAUACGGUCCGUACCUAAAUCCUAAAUGGAAGGCGCUACGUGUGGAGGGAUACGGGGCUGUCUUAGACGAUGUGGCCGUCCAGUCCCUACACCUUAUGGAGCUAGAAGUCAAGGUACAUCGGGCGGAGAAGGAUAGAGUCUAUCAGGUCAUUAUGGAGCAUCUUAGCGCACGAGGAGUGGUGAUAUGUGCCCGACAGGAGUCCAAGACCAUGCGGUUAUUCCGCGCAAUGGGCUACGUUGCUACACAAAACAAGUCUCAGGAUGUAUAUCCUCACGAUCUCUAA